AUGCGGUUCGAACUCGCCGUCGGUCUGCUCCAGGCCGCUCUGUUCGCCAGCUGUACUCGAGCGCAGAACUCCUCCUUUAGCAACACCCAUGACUCUCAGAUUCCAGAGGAUGAGGUCACGGCUCUUGCCCAGGUAGUGGAAGAUCAAUCUGAGGAUACAUUUACUCUUUACAAAGACUGGGAGAGCCCAGAGUAUGCCUUGAUCUACAGAGUUGCUCUUCCCAUUCCGCCGGUCAAAGAGCCGACAAAGAAGAUUAAAAACCCGCUGACAGGCAAAGAAAUAUGGUACUAUGAGCUAGAGAUCAAGCCUUUCAGCCAGGCGGUUUACCCCAACCUCCGCCCUGCUACGCUUGUAGGCUAUGAUGGCAUAUCUCCCGGCCCAACUUUGAUCAUCCCACGCGGUACGGAGUCUGUAGUCAGGUUUAUUAACAACGCUGUCGCCGAAAAUUCCGUUCAUCUCCAUGGUUCUUAUUCCCGUGCUCCGUUUGAUGGUUGGGCAGAAGACGUCACCAACCCAGGGGAGUACAAGGACUACUAUUAUCCCAACCAACAGUCCGCUAGGUUGUUGUGGUAUCACGACCAUGCCAUGCACAUCACAGCGGAGAACGCUUACAUGGGUCAAGCGGGAGCUUACUUGAUUGAGGAUGAGGCAGAGAAGGCCCUCAAUCUGCCAUCUGGCUAUGGGGUUUAUGACAUCCCCCUGAUACUCUCGUCAAAGCAGUACAAUGAGGACGGUACAUUGUUUUCGACCAAGGGAGAGAAAGAUAGCCUUUGGGGCGACAUUAUCCAUGUCAAUGGCCAACCAUGGCCCUUCCACAACGUUGAACCCCGCAAAUACAGGUUUCGAUUCUUGGAUGCAUCUGUUUCCCGCGCAUUCGCGUUGUACCUUGUCAAUUCCAACGCGCCGAAUGCAAAACUACCCUUCCAAGUCAUUGGCUCAGAUGGCGGGCUUCUGACGAAGCCUGUGCAGGUUUCUGAUCUUUAUGUCUCCCCGGCCGAGCGAUACGAGAUCGUGAUCGACUUUGCUAAAUACGCUGGGCAAAGGCUGGAGAUCCGAAACUUCCCCAAGGCUGGUGGCAUUGGUGUUGAAGACGACUAUCUAAACACCGACAAGGUCAUGCAGUUUGUCGUUGGCACGACCACAACUACUCCCGACACAUCCGCAGUCCCAGAAACUCUUCGUUCUGUUCCGUUCCCAGGGGCAGGCGGAAAUGUUAUCGACCAUCACUUUAGAUUUCAUCGCACCAACGGCGAAUGGCGCAUCAACGGCGUGGGCUUUGCCGAUGCUGAGAAUCGCAUUCUUGCCAAUGUGCCUAGAGGCAGCGUCGAGAUCUGGGAACUCGAAAACAGCUCAGACGGUUGGUCGCAUCCAAUCCACGUCCACCUCGUCGACUUCAAGGUUAUCGCCCGAGACGGUGACCGUGGUGUUAUGCCCUACGAAGCUGAGGGACUCAAAGACGUCGUCUGGCUCGGUCGUGGUGAAUCAGUCCUCGUUGAAGCUCACUACGCACCUUGGGAUGGGGUUUACAUGUUUCAUUGCCACAAUCUCAUUCACGAGGAUAGCGACAUGAUGGCGGCUUUCAACGUGACUGUUCUCCCGGACUUUGGAUACAAUGAAACUAAAUUUAUCGACCCGAUGGAGGAGCGGUGGAGAGCGAGGCCAUAUGUCAUGGCAGACUUGCGCACGCGUGCUGGGCCUUUCUCCGACAUUGCGAUUGAGGAGUCUGUGCAGUUUAUGGCUAGUACCGACCCUUACAGCAAAGUGGAUGAUGUUUACAAGAACCUUCAAGAGUAUUGGGCCACCCAUUAG